GACCCUGCGGGGCCGAGACCGUAGCUUCCGGGUAGGCAGCGAAGUGACUCGGCUGUGCUGGCCCGGGAGGCCUAGUGGGAGCUCUGCGCGGAGGCCGACGGUGGCGGCGGGGCCGCCUGCUCGGUCAGUCAUCAGCACUGUCGACGGUUUCCCAGGAGGCGCAGAAAAUGAGCAGAUCGAAGGGCCCACUGUCAUUCAAGGAUGUGGCUGUGGCCUUCUCCCAGGAGGAGUGGCAGCAGCUGGACUCUGAGGAGAGGACAACAUACAGGGAUGUGAUGCUGGAGACCUACAGCAACCUCGUCUCCGUGGGGUAUGACGUUACCAAGCCAAACGUGAUUAUUAAGUUGGAGCAGGGAGAAGAACCCUGGACAGCGGAAGGUGACCGACAUGCUCAGAGGCAUUUGGAAGUCAGUAACGUGUAUGACCCCAGAGAAGGAGUCCAGGAAAAUGGCGAGAAACAUCUGCAGUGUGGUGAUGCUGUCCGCCACUGGAGAGCAGAGAAGGGGCCUGCGUUUGAUGAAGCCUGCACCCUGGAAGCUCCCCUCAUUUCCCCCAGCUCAGGCGCUCCCAGCUGUGUCUCCUGCGGGGAGACUCUGGAGUCUGUUUCAGAACUGAUUAGUAGCGAUGGAAGCUACGCAGUGGAGAAUCCCAGCAUGUGUUCUGAGUGUGGGAAAGCGUACGGAGAAAACCCUGAUGACUUUAACCAAAGUGAGGGUAAUUCCUCUCAACACAAUGAACGUAUUUUGCAGAAAAUCACCAUUUUGGAGAAACCCUUUGAUUAUGAGUGUAUGGAAUCCUUAGACAGUGAAAGUGUUUUCUUGGCUCAUGAGAGAGCUUAUAUGGGGGAGAAGCCCUAUGAAUGGAAUGAUUCUGGACCAGACUUGAUCCAGAUGUCAGACUUCAGUACAUAUCCGAGAUCACAAAUGGAACUGAAGCCCUUCGAGUGUACGCAGUGUGGGAAGUCCUUCUGUAAGAAGUCCAAAUUCAUCAUCCAUCAGAGGGCUCACACGGGAGAGAAACCGUAUGCUUGUAGUGUCUGUGGGAAGUCCUUCAGUCAGAAGGGAACCCUUACUGUACAUCGGCGAUCACACUUAGAGGAGAAGCCCUAUAAGUGUAGUGAGUGUGGGAAGACCUUCUGUCAGAAGUUACACCUCACACAGCACCAGAGAACUCAUUCAGGAGAGAAGCCCUAUGAAUGCAGCGAGUGCGGGAAGACCUUCUGCCAGAAGACACACCUCACUCUCCACCAGAGGAAUCAUUCAGGGGAGAGGCCCUAUCCUUGUAAUGAAUGCGGGAAAUCCUUUUCCCGGAAGUCUGCCCUCAAUGACCAUCAGAGAACACACACAGGAGAGAAGCUUUAUAAGUGUAAUGAGUGUGGUAAAUCCUACUACCGGAAGUCCACCCUCAUUACACACCAGAGAACGCACACAGGAGAGAAGCCCUAUCAGUGUAGUGAGUGUGGGAAAUUCUUCUCUCGGGUGUCGUAUCUCACCAUACACUAUAGGAGCCAUUUAGAAGAGAAGCCUUACGAGUGUACAGAAUGUGGGAAAACCUUCAAUCUAAACUCCGCUUUCAUCAGGCACCGGAAGGUCCAUGCAGAGGAGAGAGUCCAGGCAUGCGGUGAGUGUGGGAAGCCAUCCCCACUGCAGUGUCUCCCCGAUCACACAGACGACCUUGGAGACAAGCGCUAUGAAUGUAAUGAGUGUGGGAAGACCUUCCUUGAAAACUCGGCCUUCAAUAGGCACCAGUCCGUUCCCGAAGGGGAGAGAGCGUACGAGUGUAACAUAUGCGGGAAGUCCUUCUCUGAUUUGUCCUGCUACACCGUGCACUACAGAGCUCAUUCCGAAGAGAAACCCUUCGGGUGCAGCGAGUGUGGGAAAACCUUCUCUCAUAACUCAUCCCUCUUUAGACAUCAAAGAGUACACACAGGCGAGAAGCCGUACGAGUGUUACGAGUGUGGAAAGUUCUUCUCUCAGAAGUCAUACCUCACUAUUCAUCACCGCAUCCAUUCAGGAGAGAAGCCCUACGAAUGUAGCAAGUGUGGGAAAGUGUUCUCCCGGAUGUCAAACCUCACCGUGCACUAUCGAAGCCAUUCAGGAGAGAAGCCGUAUGAAUGCAACGAGUGCGGGAAAGUCUUUUCUCAGAAGUCGUACCUCACUGUUCAUUACCGGACUCAUUCAGGAGAGAAACCUUAUGAAUGUAACGAAUGUGGGAAAAAAUUCCACCACAGAUCAGCCUUCAAUAGCCAUCAGAGAAUUCAUAAAAGAGGGACUAUAAAUGUACUCAGUGUGGAAAAUCUCUGACAUCUCAAUUAAAAAAAAAAAGAAACAUUUGGUUAUAGUGAACAUUGGAAGUCUAACAGGUAGUCAAGGGUGGAUUUUCCCCGGAUUUUACUAUUGUGGUGCUGGGAGUUGAGGGCGGGCCUUUUGCGUGCUGUAGACGUUGCACACUGAGCUGAGCCGCAGCCGUUCACAGUUGGGCAUCCUCGCCCUUUAGUGAAUUUAGUGGAUUUCUGAGCAAAAUCCAUUUUAACAUGAGUUCUCAGAGAGGAAUCUAAAGAUUCAGCAAGAAGCAAACCAUGACCAUAUAAUUUAUGGGACACUGGGUAAUUUUUACAGGAGUGAAACUCUGAAAGUAUUUAAUAUUUAUUUUUUAUUUAAGUCAUAUUUACAUAUCAGGGAGUUUUGCUGAGAACUGUCAGCUGGUGAGUGCAACUCACCUUGCAAACGCACGCUAAAAGCCAUAUUUCUGACGUUACAACAGGUGUUUAUAGAAAAGAUGCAAGAAGCUACGAGUUCUAAAUAAACUUAGAAAAUGAAAUUAUAAAGCCAGCAGGUGACCACGAGGGUGACUGCAAAUGCGGCACUUGUGCUGUUCUGGAAAUGCAGUUGAACAGUGACUCUAUGCAACGUUUUGCAAUUUCGGCUUUGAGUAAUUUGUGAGAAUUUGGUAUCAAGGACUAAAAUGACUGUUACAAUGAGUAUACAAGUGGAACAUGCUGUAUGACAGGGAAGUACAUAGCUUUCUAUGGCAGCGCUUACCAGUAGAGUGGGUUUUGUAAAAAUUUUCCAACUGGAAUUGGGCAAAAAUUUUUAAAAUACUAUUUUGAUAAACUA